UAUGAUCCAACAUUUUCAUAAAAGAUCCGAUUUGAUUAGGAUCAUUCUAUCGAUUAUAAUGAUUUGGUGUAUGAUUAUGUUAAUGGAUUUAUCCAAUGGUCAUUUAUUGAUGAAAGAAGAAAAAUUUCACGGAAAUUAGUCAAUUUGAUUCAUGCCACAACAACAAAUGAUUUCAAUCUAUGUACAAUUCAUUCACGUCAAUUACAAUAUUUAUUAUAUACUACUUAUAAUACUACUACUACUACUGCUACUACUACUCAUUAUAAUGAUAUUCCAUCAGCAGCAGGAGCGGGAACAGGAGCGUCGUCAGCAUCAUCAGCAGAAGGAUCAGGAUCAUCAACAAUGAUUAAUUUAAAUGAAACAUUUUAUCCAAUAUUUCAUCAUUUAACCACACAAAACUCUUUAACACAAAAUUUCUUGCAUGAUAUAUAUAGAUCUAUACAGAUUAUGAGAAAUUUCAAUCGUUGGCAUAGCAACAACCACUACCACGACAACCACAACCUCAACAAUCAUGAUACCAGGAAACAAUUAGAAGUCUAUUUAUUUCAUUUAUUACAAUUAAAUCAACCAAAUGAAUUUUAUAAUAUGAAAUUAUUCAAUAAUUUCAUCACUAUGAAUGAUGAUUAUGAUCAAAAAUCCAAUUUAAUUGGUAUUGGUUAUUGUUGUUUCAAUAGGAUAUUAAUGGCUUAUGUCAAUAAUCAUACUACUACUACUAAUAGUAGUAUUAGUAGUAGUACUGAUGAUUCCUCAGAUCGUAAUUCUAUAUGUAGUCAAUUUCUAUUGAAUGUAGAAUUAUUUGAUAAUAAUAAUGAGACUAUACGGUUUAAUGAUUAUAAAUAUGGAGAAUUUUCAUCCUUUGGGGCACCAAUUCAAUGUGAAUCUAAUUCAACCAUAUCAAUAGUUUUACGAUAUUUUAUUUAUGCAAAAGGAAAAAGAUGGUGAUUAGAUGUAGUCGACAGGAAACCCUGGACCAGUGUUUCGUGCUAAUUAGCACUCGUCAGCAAGGUGUACUUGUAAUCUUGAGGCAACUGGUGGCCACAUUGCAACAUGUUCGAUAGCAUUCGAUCUGCACUAAAUAAGCACUUGACACGCAUAACAUUGAUCACCACCCAAUGAUCACUCUGUUGUGACUUGUUCUUAUUUCAUAGUUGAUGAACAAGUGUUUUGAUUGUUCUGUGUUUGUAUAACAACACAGUAUUCAAUAUUCAAUAAUAAUGAUGUUCUUCAUUCCAGUUAUACUUUCUGGUCAUUAUUGUUA